AUGGAUGUGAAAAUAAAAGAUUCAUUUUUCGAUGAUCCUGAAAGUGAAACCUUCUGGGUCUCUAAUAGUUUGCCAAGUUAUGAAGAAAUAUUAUAAAUGCAAGAUACUAUGUACAUUCAAAAAGAUCAAGAGUUUUGCAAACGCACUCUAGGCAUUUAGAAUCAUUACUUGCUUUACUUUAAACAAUAGGUAUAUUGCAAUCAAUAACCAAUAGACAGUCUAAAAAUGGAUUAAUUUGGACAACUCUACAAUGGAAUAUGUCAAACAUUAAAGUGCAGGUUUGGGAAUUAGAAUUUCUAAACAUAAACAAUAUUUUGAGUUCUUCGGAGAUGUUGAACCAUGGUAUAAUUAUUUGAGAUAAUAUUGCAUAUAAAGAAAUUUUGCAUAGAGUUAUACUUUAUUGAAGAAAUUAGGAUAAGGAAAUUUUGCAGAUGUAUUUAAUUUUACUAUCAUUAGGUUUAUAAAGCAACUAAUAAAAUUGAUGGAGAAGAAUAUGCUAUAAAAUGUUUUAGAAAGCAUAAAUUAAAGGAGAAAGUUGAUAGAUUAUCAAUUAUUAAAGAAAUAUCAAUCAUGAAGAAAAUUUAGCAUGAGUCAGUCUUAAAAUUAUAUGAAGUAUUUGAAGGAGAUGAUUGUUUAUAUUUAGUUUUGGAAUAUUUAAGAGGUGGUGAGCUUCAUUAAUAUAUGAAGAAAUCACCUCCAUUUUCAGAAGAAAAAUGUUCAAAGCUAAUAUUUCGAAUAUUAAAAGCACUUUAUACAAUUCAUGAAAAAGGAAUAUUACAUAGAGAUUUAAAACCAGAAAAUAUUAUGUUAAGAAACAAAGAUGAUCUUGAUAAUAUUUGUAUUGGAGAUUUUGGUCUAGCUGAUUAUUAUUCUCCAAAUGGAUAAUAUAUUUUCACUAGAUGUGGUACUCCAGGUUAUGUUGCACCAGAAUUAUUAUAAGAUAAACUUUAUGAUUUUAAAAUUGAUAUAUAUAGUGUUGGAAUACUUAUGUACAUUUUAAUAGCAGGUAAAUCACCAUUUGAUGGCAAAGAUUAUGAUGAUGUUGUAAUGAGAAAUUACUAUGCAAAAGUUAAAUUUGAAGAUUGUAAAUUAAGUGAAAUUGGUAUGAAUCUUUUAAAAGGUUUAAUGAAUAAAAACCCAAUUUAAAGAUUAAGUGCAGAAGAAGCUUUAAAUCACCCUUGGUUUGCAACUGAAAAUUCUUAUAAAACUAUAUAAUUCAAAAUUCGGAAACAAAAUCCUGUUUUAAAGAAAUUUGCAUAAUAAUGUGAAUAGUAAAUCAAAUAGUUUUCUGCUAUCUCUACUUAGUUCAGUCCUAAAAGUUCAUUAUCUAGCCUUAGUCCUUUUUGUGUUACAAAAUGCAAUCUAGAUGAGAGUCCAUUAACACCUAAUACUCCUAUUGCUUAAUAUCCUAUUUCAACACCCAGAACUCCUGGAAUGCUUAAAUUAAAACCAGUUCGACGCUCUUAAUUUACUUUAAAACAAUUAUGA